AUGACUGCCAACAGCACAAGAGGAAGGACUGGAGAAGAGCUGGUAGCGGUUGUUAGGGAAGCCGUGAGGGGGCUGCUGGUUCUUUUGGGCUAUUUUACUGGAAGACCUUGCCCUGUUGGCUUUCCUGGGAUCACCCAGAUCCAUACACCUUCUGGAAAGAAUGCGUUGGAAGACCAGCAAUGGCCAGAGUUGCAGACUGAGAAGAACUUUCCAUUCCUGUGCAACCCAAAGAAGUUAAGAUUGAACAUACCUUCUGAAUCAGUACACUCUCUGACGCCUGCUGACAUCAAACUCGUGGCAGCCAUUGGCAACGUAGAAAUUCCUCCAGCCUCUGGGGUGGUCAAAGUGGACUCAAGCGAAAGGUACCUCUCCUGGGACAGUGAGCAGGAAGGAGCCUCUGACACUGCUGAUCAACUAUUUACUUGA